UAAAGCGCGAGGAGAUGAUGUGCUGAUGUCAGGCGCUUGAGUGCUGCAUUCAUGCUGCAGGGUGGAUGUCUUCUUGAUCUGUUCCCGAUUCACACAUGCAAACCUGACGAGCAAGAUGGGGAUCGUCACCAAACACUGCGUGAUUAUAUCGGCGGUAUUAUUGCUUCUGAUCCCGUCGGCGAACACCGGGAAAAGGGCGUUUAAAUGUCCGUCCUCGUGCAGCUGCUCGAAGGAGUCGAUUAUCUGCGUCGGGUCUUCUUACGUCCCGAGAUACAUUCCCAACGAUGUCAGUUCACUGAGUAUUGUGAACGGGACCUUCUUCGAGGUCAAAGAGGCGAUGUUCGCUCACACCCCGUCCUUACAGUUACUGUUGCUUAACUCCAAUGCUCUCACCACAGUACGGGAUGAUGCAUUUUCUGGCCUUUCACACCUGGAGUACCUGUUUAUAGAAAACAACAAGAUUGAGACGGUAUCAAAAUACUCUUUUAGAGGACUCAGGGAUUUGACCCACCUGUCUUUGGCAAACAACAACCUUAAAGCUUUGCCACGAGAUCUAUUCAUAGAUCUGGAUUCAUUGAUAGAUCUAGAUCUAAGGGGCAAUGCCUUCGAAUGUGACUGCAGAGCGAAGUGGCUGAUGUUGUGGCUGAAGAGCACUAAUGCCACCGUUUCAGACGUCCUCUGUGCCGGGCCUGAAGAGAUGAAAGGCAAACGGCUCAAUGACAUGGCAAGCUUACAUAAUGAGUGCGUCUCCCCCGAUUUUAUUCCUCUUCAUUCUGUGUCUGCUGAGUCUUUGUCCAUCGACACGUUCUCCCACAAGAAAGAUGUGUAUGUGGCCAUCGCUGCUCCAAACAUCGAGAGCUGCAUGGUUCUCCAAUGGGACCACAUCGAAAUGAACUUCAGGAGUUAUGACAACAUCACAGGUCAGUCCAUCGUUGCCUGCAAGUCCGUGAUCAUCCAGGACCAGGUGUUUGUCAUUGUUGCUCAACUCUUCGGUGGUUCUCACAUCUAUAAGUUUGAUGAGAACCAAAGCAAGUUCUCCAAAUUCCAGGACAUUGAAGUUUCUAAAAUUUCCAAGCCGAACGACAUUGAGGCCUUCCUGAUUGGCAACGACUGGUUUUUCAUCAUCGCCGACAGCUCCAAAGCCGGUCUGUCCACCCUCUACAAAUGGAACGACAAGGGUUUCUACUCUUACCAGUCUCUUCACGAAUGGUUUCGGGAUACUGAUGCUGAGUUUGUCGAUUUGGACGGGAAGGCUCAUCUCAUCCUGGCGAGCCGUUCUCAAGUACCGGUCAUCUACCAGUGGAGCAGGAGCGCCCAGAAGUUUAACUUACACGGGGAGAUUCCCAACAUGGAAGACGUGGUUGCCGUCAAGGCCUUCCGGAUCAAAGAGGAGCUGUAUCUGGCCAUGACACGAUACAUCGGUGACUCAAAGGUCUUGCACUGGACCGCUAAAGAUUUCUCCGAGGUGCAGGCGCUUCCUUCAAGAGGGUCCAUGAUCCUGCAACCGUUUUCCUUCAAAGAAAGAUACUACCUGGCUCUGGGAAGCGACUACACGUUCUCACAGAUCUAUCUGUGGGAUGACGAAACAAAGAUUUUCGAGCGAUUCAAGGAAGUCUACAUCCAGGCUCCACGUUCCUUCACUGUGGUCUCCACCGACCGGAGGGACUUCAUAUUCGCUUCCAGUUUCAAGGGGAGCACGCAGAUCUUUGAGCAUAUCAUCAUCGAUCUGAGUCUUUAAGUGCUGUUGUGGACACGGCCUCGUAUUUUUUGGGUGUAUGUUAUGGGGUCCGGGAAGAAAAGUGAAUUUGGCAUUAUCAGGUUCACAGAAAUAAGUAUUAUGCCUAUUACGUGUCAAUCAUAUGUAGUUUUAUAUUGAUUCUGGGUCGGCCCUGACAGUUUUCAUUGUGAUGUAUUGGAAAUGUUGCAGGACGUGUGGAGCUCAGAUUGCUAAAAAGACUCGCAUUUGUCCACCUGUAACUAUCUAAAUCUCUUCUUUCUUCUAAGCAUUUCAAAACUCUGCUGUGAUACCAUGCAUGAUAUAGCUGCAAACAAGGCAUGUAUACAACGUUUGAAAUAUAGAUACGGGUGACAAAUGCAAUUCUUUUAACUUAAAUGACAUUUAAAACCUUAACAAGAAUAUAUUUCCUUUAUAGUUUCAAUGUUUUGUGGAUCACAUCUUUGCUGGUGAACAGACAGCUCUGUAAUGGUAAGUAAAUAGUCAGUUGAAAUAGGAGUAUCAUCUUUGUGGAGUAUAAUUAAUCAAAACUUCAUUUUUAGUUGGUGCACUGAAAUCCUGUAACUACAUGAACUGUUUGGUAAAGUCCAGGCAAAAUUUUACCCUAAAAUCAAAAGGAAAACAAUGUUGCACAUUUAGAAAAUGAGGCCUGGUUUAAGGACCAUUAAGAUAUUAAGAUUCACUUUUAUGACAAUAUUAUGGAUUAAGCACCCCACACCCCAAUAUUGUCUCUUUACUCAUAUUGAUUUAUUAUGUUGCUUAAAUGCAAUAAAUCUAGUGAUGCUACGUUCUUGACCUGGACAUGUUCAGCAAGACGUUUAUGCUUAAAAUACAGGGAAAAUGUCAAAAGCACAAGCCUUUAAACGAUCAUACACAUGUUUCCAGAAAAUGUAUCUUGCAGAGUAAAAUCAAACAUUAAACCUAAAAUGCAGGUUAUAAAUUAAUUUUUGGAUGGAGAAUUUUGUUUAAUUCUAUGAAUGUAAAUAACUUAAAAUUGUACUAGUGGAAAAAAUGUUGAAUGUCUGACUUGAUUUGAUAAAAGGUAAAAUAAGAACUUCCAUUUCCUUGCUGUUUUGCAAGCUGGAACAUAACUCUAAACAAUGAUUGGAGCCUGCAAAAGCAUGAGAUUCAGCUCUUUAUCUUCAAUAACUUCUAAAUCUAAAAGCAAAACAAAAGGUUACUUAUUCAUUUCAGUUUUAGCAAUGUAAUAAAAUAUAAUUUAAUUAUCAUUGUACUUAUUUUUAUUAUUUGUUGAAUGCUAGUCAUAUGUCUUUUAAUACACAUGUAAAUAAAUGCUUAUGA